AUGUCUCUGUUCGGUGAAUAUCCAUGUAUCAACCAAACAAUUGCUCCAAGUUACAUUUCGUUUACUUCAGCGGCAAUAUCAGUUCCGAUGUGCUUGUUUACCAUCGCUGGCAACCUUCUCGUGGUAUUGGCAAUUUUCAUGGACCCCAACAAAGAUCUAAAAUCGCCGUUUAAUUACUUUUUGGCGAACCUAGCCAUCAGCGACCUUGUGGUGGGAUUUGUCGUCGACCCGUUAUCCUUUGCAUAUCAUCUGAGCGAAGGAGUUUCAAGGAAAUAUCCAGCCCCAUUGGCUUACAUCCACAUGCCAUACUUCAUCUCGUGUACGGCGUCUGUUCUCAGUUUAGCGGCUUUGACUGUGGAUCGACUCUUGGCGAUAACGUCUCCGUUGACUUACCGAACAAAGCUGAACCCUAAACGAGCAGGCUUUGUGGCGGCUGGCAUAUGGGCCUUUUCACUAAGCUUCCCGUUUAUUUACUUUGUGACGGGCUACCUGACUUACGCAUUUGUCUUCGCUCACACUGUCAUAAUUUUCACUUUCCUGGUCAUGUUGACAACGUAUUACAAGAUUUUUCGCGUAUUGAAAAAUCAAGUGAAACAGUGGGACUCGAUGGAUCACACGAACGUGGACAAUCAGGCCAAGAGACAGGCGGCAAGAUGGGAACAGAAAGUGACAAAGACCUUUAUCAUUAUUUUGGCCCUCUUCUUAGCAUGUUAUCUACCUUCCUGUAUUUCCAUCUACAUCACGAAUCUCUGCAGUGCCUGCAGUUGUACGUUUAUUCACUGGGUCAGAGAUUUUCAUUUCCUUUUGAUACUUGCCAACUCAGGGGUGAACCCCUUUAUUUACGCCUGGCGAUUUGACAAUUUCAGAAAAGCGUUUCAAAAGCUUCUGUCCUGUAAAAAAUGUUCAUGUCAUCGUCAAGGAAGAGCUGUAGAAUGAAACACCCUCCCGGAGAGUACGACGAGUGACACUACCGCGUAGAAAAUUGUAGGCGUGCGAAAGGGGGGCAAAGUUUGAAGCCAUAGGGCAUCGUUGAUGUUUCGAAGUCAUGCGAAAAGACAACCGUUGCGUGCCAGCAACGACUUAUUCGCUUUAGAGGUAUAAGGCACAAAAAUACCAUUUCACACCUUCGCUGAGAGGUUAAACGAUCACUCAAAGGAGAAAUGAGUAUACUAAACAUGCUAGAGUAUACCUGAUGAAGAGGCUCUAGACCAGAAAAGUUGAAUUAUGCCCAAUUUUUCAAAGCCAAUAGGUCACGCAAUGCUUAUCACUCGGCGAGAUCAGGAAUGUAAGUGCCAUUUGAUGCGGAAAUAAAACUGGUUUGUUAAGUUAAUGUUUCUGUAAUUAUCUUUACCACCAGCUUGUAGACCUAAUUGGAAAUCCAAGGUAUGAUUACAAGUUGCAUCAACAGCUUUAUUUAACCACUGAAAAAUUCGCCUCAUUCAUUUCAAGAUGAUACUUCAGGAGAGAAUUCGCUUUCGCACUGAUGAGCCAACAAUUACCCUUAGAUGGUAGUCUAGUUACGGUGUAGAGCUAAAGUAUACAGCUGAGAUGUAGAGCGUCAAACAAAUCUGUGAUUUUUUUCGAGGGAGCGCAAUAGUGUGGCAGCCCAGGAGUAGCUAGCACAAGCACAAGCACAAGCCAUCUGCCGCCCCUCGGUAAAUGGCCUGAUAAUAUCUUGUGUUAUUCUUCUGAUGUAAGCCAAACAUAUUUAAACGAAAAUAAAUUCACAACCUUGAAAGCUCGAAGGCAUUAAAUUAUCACAUCAGACGUGUAAAAUAUCGCGGUGCUCUGUCUCAAUUUGUGUCAACCUUGAGAGAUUCCGCCAUUGUGUCGGCAGUGAUUCAACGUGACAAACCUUUAUUUGAACAGUUGAACCCCAGUAACUCGAAUUGCCAAGGGGAUUGAAAUUACCUCGAGUUCUCGGGGUUUCGAGUUCUAAGGGUCUCGAACAAGAAGACAAAAAACACUUAAUCAAUUCCAGAUUUCGCGCCUUGAUUUCUCUUUGCGGGAAGAACUGUCAAAACUGUUUGUUUACGGACAUACAAACGUGUGAUAUCGACAAAGGUCAAUUUAUCAUAACAUCUAAAUGAGAUUUACUGUAAUCUUCUGGUGCAAAAUGUCAUGGCUCAUUAGUCCGCAAAAAUGGACUUUGAGUUAUCGAGGGAAAAAUUACAAAGAAAAGUACCUGAAGGGAAGUAAAAAUUGCUUCAAGUUAUCAGGGUUUCGAGUAAUUGGGGUUAUAAUUACAGUAACUAUAUGAGGCAAAUCCAAGGGAAAUCAGUUUUGCUUCAAGAUAGUGGGGUUCGAAUUAUCGGGGUUUAACCUAUUGUUAUGGAAGAGCCUCAUUUCCAAAGCUGACAGUUUUCUAUAUAUAGUCUGAGGCAAACGGUGAAAACAAUACUUCUUUCGCGUUGGAAGUGAAGUGUACAGCAGAUUCGUAAGCCAAAUCUAUUCAAUCUUAACUUCUCAUUCUAACCUAGCGUUGGUAGCGCCGUAAAACUUAUCGAGUCAUGUCUCUGUUUGGUGAAUAUCCGUGCACAAAUCAAUCAGUUGCUCCAAUCUACAUCUCGUUUACUACGGCCACGAUAUGUGUUCCGCUGUGUCUAUUUACCAUCGCUGGAAAUUUACUCGUCGUGUUAGCAAUCUUCAUCGAUCCAAACAAAGAUCUCAAGUCACCUUUUAACCAUUUUGUGGCCAACCUUGCCAUUAGCGAUCUAUUGGUGGGAUUCGUCGUUGACCCGACUGCGGUGGUGUACCAUGUAAAGGAAGGAGUUGAGAGGAAACUACCACCUUUACCCUACAUUCACAUGCCGUACUUCAUUUCGUGUACAGCUUCUGUUCUCAGUUUGGCAGCUUUAACAUUGGAUCGAUAUUUGGCGAUAACUUCUCCGCUAACCUACAGAACAAAAUUGAAUCCUAAGCGAGCAGGUUUUGUGGCGGCUGGCAUCUGGUUAUUCUCACUAAGUUUCCCUUUCAUAUACCUUGUUACAGGCUACCUUACAUAUUCAUUUGUCUUUCUCCACACAGUCGUAAUUGGCACUCUCUUAGUCAUCCUUCUAACAUAUCUGAAGAUAUUUCGUGUGUUCAAAGAUCAAGUGAGACAGUGGGAUUCUUUGGAUCAAACGAACGUGGACAAUCAGGCGAGGAGACAGGCGGCAAGAGGGGAACAGAAAGUGACGAAGACCUUUAUUAUUAUGCUGACCCUCUUCUUAGCAUGCUAUCUGCCUUCCUGUAUCUGCAUUUACAUUAUUAAUUUAUGCACAGUCUGCAGUUGCACACUUAUUCACUGGGCAAGAGAUAUUCCUUUCCUUCUGAUCUUAGCCAAUUCAGGAGUGAACCCGUUUCUGUAUGCCUGGCGGUUUGAAAAUUUCAGGAAAGCGUUCAUGAAGCUUUUGAGGAACAGAAAGUGUUGUCGACAACGAAGCCAAAGAACCUUAAGAUUUGACAACGUCGCCAUGGAGACGAUGGACAACUGAGUUAAAGCAGUGACUAGUAAAAGGUUACAAAUGAAGAACAAAAAGUAACCAAGGCUGCUAUCGCAGCAUAGGCUUUGUUCUUACUGUAUCUCCGGUUGUAAGUUUAUACCGGCAGUCAGUCAGAGAUUUUCAUUUUACUUUGAUCCUCGCCAUUUCAGGAGCGAACGCCAGUUAUAGUUUAGACUCCAUGAGUCAUACUCCUUUCAAGACUUUCUUCCCCUGUAUGAGAUGGAGGGUCUUUGAGGAUUUGAUAAGUUAAGGCAGAUUUUCUACGAAUUACCACUUGACCGCCAAUAUUUCCUUUAGAUUAGGUCUGAUUGGUUAUAUUGCGUGACAAAGGGCAGAAGUUUCGUUUGAGCGGUUUGACUCUGUUUAUAAAUUCACUUCUGAAAAACUUCACUUCUGACUCUAAAUAUACUCAACUACAUCCACCAAUCACGAAAUUGAUUACAACAACCAUGGCAACAACUUACUCAACAUACCAGCGGGUUUUCCAAAAGGGAAGAAUUUUCUUACAGUCGAACAUGUUUAAGUUAGUAUUACAAACCAGGGUAUUUCACCACCACACCAUGUAUGAGUGUCAGGUUACUUCGCCAUUCAAAAAGGGAGAGUCAGUUAAGUACCCUAUGCGAGAUGUGAAUGUUAGUAUGAUCCACACAAGGAACUCACUACUACAACAGAUGAUAAAUUUAGUUCGUGCUUAUGAACUGUUAUCCUAACUAUAGUGAUUUAGGGUCUAUGCAUCUCUUCAAAGUGAAGAAAAUUGCCGGUUGCCACUCUCAUUCUAAUUUCCCAUCUUCCUCGAGGAGAAAUGGACAUUUUCUGGAAUCACACAAAUUAGAAACAACUUUCCUCAUUUAAUUCAAAUCUUUUUUUUCGGUUCAUUAACCAUAAGUUGCCACGUACUUGAUUAACUUUUUGAGGCGCAAAAAAUGUCAUUAUUGAACCAAGAUUUACUGAAUAACACUAAUAGCCGAUUAAAUUUGCCCUCUAACGUUUGUUAGCGGAAGACAGCCCAUUGUCCAAAUUUGGUUUACUGAACCAACCCGCGAAAGAAGUAACACUUUCUCAAAAUUUUAUUUUCUCUAAUUCACCUUCUUGCCCUCUCAUCAUGGAUACGGCAAUCUCAGUUGUGUUUCUGUUACUUCUUGAGAUGUGAAAUGCAAAGACUUUGUUCUUGCCGCGAAUUAUGGAAUUGCCAAUGUAGCUUUUUUAGUUUCUAAUAUAUCCUGGACUGGGAAACCCCUUUUUAGACAAGCGACAGAAAUCCACUACGCUUUGGUAUUUCUUUGUCCGAUAUACUUUCCUUAAAUAUGGAACAAAAUAUUUUAAGAAGGUAUACGACUUGUACGCACAGUAAAUUUCUUUGUUUAAAACCUUGGAGUUAGGCCUCUGGACUUUGAUCUCAGUGCAGUCUAGGAUUACCCUUGUUUUAGGGUAUUUGAUUUCGAAGCAGAGGCAUACUACUUUCAGUCUGAGCAGUUGUGGGCCAAAUUGGCACUAGGCGAAGCAUUUUACGUAUGUCUAAUCACAAAUAAAAACAAUUUUUUCUUUAGAAUUGUUCCUUGAUCACAAAUAAAAACAAUUUGUUAUAAAGUCAUAAAGUCAUAAAAGACAUUAAGUGACAUGGAAAAAUUACAGCCACUGCUUCGCCUUCGCUGAUAGUUUUCUUUACCUCUGCCACGUUUUAUUUCGCUUCUCGUUAUAACAAUAGUUAAUAUAGUAAAGAUUGUGGGCAAUGCUUUCUUGUAAUCUUCAAUCAAAACACUGUAACGCAACACAACCCAAAGCACGUCAAGCCUCGAUUUGGUGCCCAAUGCGAUCCAAGAUGGCGCUGAAGUGAAGGUCCUUCAAAGCUGACAUAUCAGACAUAGUUUCCUGUUUUUAAUAAUUAGACUGUAACAGGAAGUGAAUAGUUUCGGGUAGAAAGAGAGGUAUACAGUAAAUUUGAGCAACCAAAUCUGCUCAGUCACGAGUCAUGUCUCUGUUUGGUGAAUAUCCGUGCACAAAUCAAUCAGUUGCUCCAAGCUACAUCGCGUUCACAACGGCCGCGGUAACUGUUCCCUUGUGCCUGUUUACGGUCCCUGGAAAUUUACUCGUCGUGUUAGCAAUCUUCGUCGAUCCAAACAAAGAUCUAAAAUCGCCUUUCAACUACUUUGUGGCCAGCCUUGCCAUUAGCGAUCUUUUGAUGGGAUUCUUCGUCGACCCGACUUCGGUAGUGUAUCAUGUAAUGGAAGGAACUGCGAGAAAAAGACCACCAGCAUCCUACCUUCACGUGCCGUUAUUCAUUUCGUGUACAGCUUCUGUUCUCAGUUUGGCAGCUUUAACAUUGGAUCGAUAUUUGGCGAUAACGUCUCCGCUAACCUACAGAACACAAUUGAAUCCUAAGCGAGCGGGUUUUGUGGCGGCUGGCAUCUGGGUAUUCUCAUUAAGUUUCCCUUUCAUAUACCUUGUUACAGGCUACCUUACAUAUUCAUUUGUCUUUCUCCACACAGUCGUAAUUGGCACUCUCUUAGUCAUCCUUCUAACGUAUCUGAGAAUAUUUCGUGUGAUCAAAGAUCAAGUGAAACAAUGGGAUUCUUUGGAUCAGACAAACGUGGACAACCAGGCAAAGAGACAGGCGGCAAGAUGGGAACAGAAAGUGACCAAGACCUUUAUUAUUAUACUGGCUCUCUUCUUAGCAUGCUAUCUUCCUGCCUGUAUCUGCAUUUACAUUGUUAACUUAUGCAAAGCGUGCAGUUGCACUCUUAUACACUGGGCAAGAGAUAUUCCUGCUCUUUUGAUCACGGCUAAUUCAGGAGUGAACCCUUUCGUGUAUGCCUGGCGGUUUGAAAAUUUCAGGAAAGCGUUCGCAAAACUUUUGAGGAACAGAAAGUGCUGUAGAAAACAAAGACAAAGAACUUUAACAUUUGACAACAUAGCCAUGCAGGGAACAGAAAGUAACUAAGGCUGCUACCACAAUUUUGGCUCUAUUUUUUCUGUAUCUCCAGUUAUACCUCUAUUCACUUCAGUGGGGUCAGAGAUUUUAAUUUUAUUUGUUGCAUUUCAGGAGCGAAUCCGUUUGUUCGUGCUCAAGUUCCGCAAGGCGUUUUUAAAAUUAUGAUACGUACAGAAAGUGUUAUGGUUAUUUGA